CAAAGUAUGAUAGAAGGAAAUGAACUCGGGCUCGAAUCUGAGUCCAGUUAAUAUUUAUGUAGGGGAGUAGCCGUUGCAGAUUCUGUUGCUGGCCGUGACACUGUGGUAUGAUGCGGAACGACGGCCUCUCAAGAGUUGGCACCUCGACGUCAUACAACUCCCCCAGCAGGGACAAUUCCACCAGAGACCUCGUCGUUUUACAAUCCCUAAUGACGAACCGAAUUUGGACUUGAGCAAUUCCGGCCAUACCGUCCGAGGCCUUAUGACCCGUUAACUGAACUUCUUUUCAUCCACCACCGCUUGCGCGGCGGGGUGGACUCUUCAGACAACGAAACGCCGGAACAGGAGCCACGAGCGAACCACAGAACGACUUAACGUCAUUCCCCAGCCAAAUAACGGACGAAAAAGUCUAUCGAGAUCGAACAUUUUACCGGCCAGCAGCGAAUGUCUGUGUUGCAAGUGUAGAUUGCACUUUCCCUCGUGCCUGCCCGUCGCAUCGUCUCGGACGGCGAUUGUAUGCAGUGAUCUUCAGAUGGAGGAGCUUUGAUCCGCGCACAUUGCCACGCCUAUAAUGUUGCGUUCGAGCCCCGGGUCGUUGAUGCAGAAGACGUACGAUGAGUGUUAUCUGAUGUGUUCGACUGCCGUGUACUUUGAAGGACGGAAUAAUGAACAAGAAGCCCUACGGUCCUGGCGGGAAUCCCUGGAUACCAUAUAUCGCCACAAUGCCUCUAUAUCCUCGAGCUACGUCCCACAAAACGAAACCGAGCGCGCUCUGCAGAAGUCAAUCCAAGAGUUAGAGACGCAGUGCAAGGAGCGUAUAGAUUUGCUUGAAGCUCUUCGGGAAAGCCGUAGAACGGCACUGCUAGAAGAAGGAAAGGACAAGUCCGGAUUGCGUGGCGAGUCUAGCAUGGGAACAACCCAUGCUGAUACGGGACAAGGUAUCCCUUCCCCUGGGUGGAUUGGUGAUGGUACAGUUCCAUCGCUCGGUUAUCCGGAUCUACCACGACCGGCUUUACCUCCACGACCUCAAGCUCGAAACACUAAUCGGGUAGCAAAUGCGGUCACCCCCUCAAAGCUAUCGAGAUCCGCAAGUUCUGAGGAAAGAACAGUGCUGUUGCCGACUUUGAGGGGAUCUAAGGACAAGAAGUCACCCGAGAUGCGAGACAAAAAUUCCCGUCGGGUAUCUCGCCCAGCUGCAUCGCAAGCAGCAGACCUAGCUUGGAGCGCUUUACAUUCCCGACCAUCUGGCCCACAUAUGACGCACUCCACCCCCGUAAGUGAUUCCACCUCCAGAAAAUGGGUGGAUUCUAGUCUACGACCAGACGCACGCCCGAGGAAGUUAGGAAAUCCAGCGGUAAACUUGGCGUCAGGCGCGGCAGCGGCAGCUACACGUCGCCCCGCUGAACCGGAAUCAUUACCUGAAGACUCAAAUACAUCUGCAAGAUCAUAUCGCAACCCAGAUACAACGGAUGCGCUAUCUGCAAAGGCUGCAACGAUAUCAAAACUUGGCGCACCCGCCUCUGCGUAUCCUAAAUACCGGAAAGAGUAUCCAGAAUCUGGAAAUACGCUGUCGUCAGGUCCUGUAACCCCCCAAGCCAAAGCGUCUUCCAAUUCGGCACGCAAAGGGCCAGAGAGUCAGCCAGGGACGUCUCCUGGACAACCGCCAGCAGCCGAUGGGACACCGCUUUUUAAGCCUCCAUCUUCGGGCCAAAAAAAUGAGAAGGCCCGCCGGCCUGGUGGUAAAGGGCAUAAUGACAAUUCUGCAAGGCAGAAUAUCAGCCACGAGCAGUCUCACUCUGCAACGAGUUCUCCCGUCCAGCCAAAGAAAGAUUCAUCACCGUUGCCACCAGAAACACCCCGAAACCAGGUGGAGUCUAGUGACGACGAGGAUCCGUUCGCAGAGGAGAUAAGAACUGAUAAAGACUUCUGUAACAUUAUGAAAAAUCUUCCGAAAGGAGUAGAUCGUAAUGCGGCAGGUCAAAUCUUAAAUGAAAUUGUCGUUCGGGGGGAUGAAGUUCAUUGGGACGAUAUCGCCGGUUUAGAAAUUGCAAAAAAAGCAUUGAAAGAAGCUGUCGUUUAUCCUUUUCUUCGCCCGGAUUUAUUUAUGGGCCUCCGUGAACCCGCGAGAGGAAUGCUGCUUUUUGGUCCACCUGGCACAGGAAAGACUAUGCUUGCAAGGGCAGUGGCCACCGAAUCAAAGUCGACAUUUUUCUCUAUAUCAGCAACGAGUUUAACGUCCAAGUGGCAUGGGGAAAGCGAAAAGCUGGUUCGCGCUCUGUUCGCUCUAGCAAAAGCCAUGGCGCCGUCGAUAAUAUUCGUUGAUGAGAUUGAUUCGUUGCUCUCUUCUCGUUUAAGUGGCGACCAUGAUGCCACUCGACGAUCGAAAACCCAAUUCCUUGUUGAAUGGUCUGACCUUCAGCGUGCAGCCGCCGGGAGAGAGCAAUCAACCAAAGAGAAAGCUGAAGGUGAUGCAACAAGGGUUCUUGUGCUCGGUGCGACGAACGUGCCGUGGGACAUCGACGAUGCAGCCCGGCGGAGAUUUGUUCGGAGACAAUAUAUACCCCUACCUGAGGAUGAUGUGCGAAAGCUGCAACUUCAGAAGUUACUUAGCCAUCAGAAACAUGAGCUGUCGGAGGAGGAUAUUGAUGUUCUAGUCAAAGUUACUGACGGGUUCUCUGGUUCUGAUAUCACAGCUUUGGCUAAAGAUGCUGCUAUGGGCCCUCUUCGCAACCUCGGCGAAGCUCUCCUCAGCACACCCAUGGAUGAGAUCUGCCCAAUUCGCUUUAAGGAUUUCGAGUCGUCUCUUUACUCUAUCAGGCCCAGCGUCAGUCGUGAACGCCUAAAGGAGUACGAAAGCUGGGCACGAGAUUAUGGGGAACGCGGCUCUUAGCUCCGCCAGUCGACAAUUCAUGUUGUUUAUUCUCUUUUCUUCCUGACUUCUUUUCCCUCCUUCGGGUCCGAGGGAGUCCCUGCAGUGAUGUGGAUACUGUGAGUAGGUUUAAGGGAAUUGUACUCUGGGAGUUAAAUGCAUCGGCAUCUGUGGUUCUAUUAUUGUCCUGAUUUUUCUAGUACGUUGGCUCAUGGGAUGGAGUUGGCUGCUCUCCUGUCAAACAUCUAUGGAUAUGAAAUGCUGGAUCAACCUGAAUCCACCGGUUGCUGGCUUUCAAUGAACACGUGCAUUGCAUUGGCACUGGUUUAUGAUCGAUAGCUCUGCUCUUUUCUUGCUAGCCUUCUUUCAGUUUUCAGUUUUUACAGAAUGUAGUUAUUUUAAUCUUCAUUGAUUAAUCAAUAGCAAUCACCGUGCCGAGUU